UGUCGAAUGUCGAAUAUGAAACUAACUUCACCUCGGUGUCGGAGCGUGCCAACUGCCAACUUUUCCAAAAACCUUGGAUUGAGAUUUGGUGGGGCCAAACCAAAUUUUGCUGCGUACAAAGCAGUUGCUUCACUCGUUGUCUUCGCGUUGUCUUCUCAGCGUGAGAAAUACAAGAAAGACCGUCCUUAUAACAUCCUGCUCUCCACUGUGAAGAUGUCCUGCUCUGUAUCAACAACCACUAAUGGGGUGGUGGUCAUCACCCAUGUUCACCCUGCUGGGAACGGCUUGGGGAUGGGGGCCUCUUCCCCCACCUGUAUGGGUCGGGUAGGACCUGUGGUGUCGUCUGUGAUGGAGAGGUUCCGUGAGGGACAUCCAAAGGCUCUCGGGACAGUACAAAUCAUGGUUGGCGCCAUGACAUUUUUGUUUGGAAUCGUGAUGGCUGUUGGUUGUGUAUUGAAUCUUACAGUAAUAUUUGGUUUCUUCGUCUGGGGCAGCAUCAUUUACAUAAUUGCAGGCUCUCUCACCAUUGCAGCUGAAAAAUCAUUGAACAAGUGCCUGGUGAAGGCUUCAUUGGGAAUGAACGUUGUUGCCACAGUGACUGCUGGCAUAGGCACCUUUCUCUACUCUGUAGAUUUUACUGGUGUAUUUCUCUAUUUUUGCGGUGCAAUAUGUGAGCAAUACUGGGGAAUUGCUGCCAUCAUGGUGCUUUUCUCUUUGCUGGAGAUGAUGGUCUCCAUUAGUGUCUCAGUAUUUGCCUGCAAAGCUCUCUGUCAUUCCCCCCCUGAACAGGCGUUCAUCGUUGACAGUUACUUACCUGAAGGUGGCCCUGUACCUGUACCUUCAAAGACAACAUUCAACAUCCCACCAAACAAGAUGUCCAGUUCUGUAUCAACAACCACUAAUGGGGUGGUGGUCAUCACCCAUGUUCACCCUGCUGGGAACGGCUUGGGGAUGGGGGCCCCCUCUCCCCCCACCUGUAUGGGUCGGGUAGGACCUGUGGUGUCGUCUGUGAUGGAGAGGUUCCGUGAGGGACAUCCUAAGGCUCUGGGGACAGUACAAAUCAUGGUUGGCGCCAUUACAUUUUUGUUUGGAAUCGUGAUGGCUGUUGGUGAAUUGAGUCUUGGAGGAGUAAGCGGUAUAUUCGUCUGGGGCAGCAUCAUUUACAUAAUUGCAGGCUCUCUCACCAUUGCAGCUGAAAAAUCGUUGAACAAGUGCCUGGUGAAGGCUUCAUUGGGAAUGAACGUUGUCGCCACAGUGACUGCAGUCAUAGGCACCGUUCUCUACUCUGUAGAUGCUGCUGGUGUAUUUCACUAUUGGUACUUUUACCAUGACGAUGAGCGAUGUAUGGUGCAACAACAGGGAAUUUCUGGCAUCAUGGCUUUCUCUUUGCCGGAGAUGAUGGUCACCAUCAGUGUCUCAGCAUUUGCCUGCAAAGCUGUCUGUCAUUCCCCAGCUGAACAGGUGUUCAUCGUUGGCAGUCACUUACCACAAGGUGGCCCUGUACCUUCACAGACAACAUUCGACAUCCCAUCGAACACCUAUGAGACUUUGACGACCCCAAAAGGACCAGAAGAGGGAUUGCCUGCCUAUGACAACAACAGACCCCCCCAGUACAGUCCGGCUAUCAUUCCCUGAGGGUCUUAACUGUGGCUGCUUGCUUGGCUUCUAGGUUCUCUGGAAUUUGUUAUGGUCACUUUAUUACCCCCAAUAAUCACUUUUUAAAAUCUUUCCACUGGUUAGAGGGAAAUUAUACUGACUGAAUGAUGUUUUACCCUGUAAUUUUUUCUCUCUCUCCUUGUAGUUCAAACUCUCGGCAAUUAGCCUACCAAAACUUUCUUAGUAUUUUGUGGAAUUUAAAUACUGACUUUGUGAAUCAAAGUUCUGUCAAAUAUAACUAUAUUAAUGGACUGUUUUUUUAAUUUUUAAUUUAUUGUUGUAUUAUUAUUGUAUGGGGGGAUGAUUAUUCCUUACGCAUUUAGACGGUCAAUUAGCAACAUUCAGGGGCGAAAACAGACGUUAACAUUCGGGGCCCAAACCUAACAUGAGUUACACGGUCUGAUAAAAAAGGGACGUUGUUGGCCGAGGUCAUUUUCCGUUUUUUACAGAUUGUGAAAGUGCAGAUUGUAAGCUUUCAAAUCAUGUUUAAUAUAUUGAAAUCUGAAAAUAUUUGAAGAUGCGCGUAUCUGAAUGUUGGUAAACCUGGAAAGCUCUAAGCCCAGAUAUUCGGCUUCAAAGAUUAUAGGCCUUUUAUUAUAUGGCAACGACAGUACAAGCGUUCUGAUUGGCUAAUUGGUAGUCAUGCCAGCCGCGUAUGCGGUCUGAUACGGAUACUUAUUGCCCUCUGACGUCAUAUGCGGUCUGAUACGGAUACUGAUUGCCUCUGACGUCAUCUGGGGUCUGAUUCGGAUACUUAUUGCCCUCUGACGUCAUCUUCAAAAUGAGCGAUAUCAAUUAGUUUUACUAUCCAGAUGACAAUAAAGACAUCAACAGCGACAAGGACAUUAUUAACUUUCUAAAAGAGCAGAAAAGUGUGAACACAGAGAGAAAAACGACAAGUGAUAGGCAGAUUGCUAGGUUUGGUUGCUCAGAUUUCAGAUUGGUUGCUAUAGGCAACACCUGAAACACACCGUGAGAAGACUUGAGAGCUGAACAAAAAGACAUGUUUUAAAUGAAAAGAGCUAAAAAUGCCAUAUAAUAAACAA